AUGCGCGCGGAGGAGACGAACGACUUCUCUCUGUUCGUGACUUCCUUUUAUUUAAAGCUGACCGGAAUUUGGUCGGCGGCUAGUCCUGAAGAGGAGCGUCAAAGGUGGAACGCGUUCAUCUUCACGAUGACGUUCAUGUUUCUCGGUGCCUACACCGAGCUGAGAGAGCUCUACUAUGCCUGGGGCAAUUCCUUCGAAAUUUUCGUUUUGGUUGCGUACGGUAUUGGCUACCUUUGCGUGGACAAUUUCAUGUGCAUCGCAAAUUUUCACGCGGCUACACAGUUCCGUAUAUUACAGUACAGGAUCACGAGCAUACGCGAAGGGCAUAAGAUGGAGAAACAUAGCGAGACAACAAUAUCGAGACUAGUACCAGGCUAUUACGCAGACGAUUGUUAUGUGAUCUUUAAAGACUGCAUUAAACAACAUCAGUCGCUAAUCGCUUAUUGCGAGAAAGUGGAAGAGGUGUUCACGUUAAUCGUGCUUGGACAAGUAUUGCUUUUCAGCAUACUGAUAUGUCUCGACGGAUACCUGAUGUUACUGGAGGAAGCGUCGUUCUACCGACGCAUGGUUUUCACGUUUCACCUAAUCGGUUGCAUCUCGCAGCUGUUGAUGUUCACCUACAGCUGCGAUUGCGUGUUGAGAGAGAGCAUGGAAAUCGCUGAAUCUGUUUAUGAUACACAGUGGACUAUUUUACCGUUGAACACCGGUGGGAAAAUGUUGCGGACCGAUUUGCAAUUGGUCAUGCUCAGAUCAAGGAUGCCUUGUUGCUUGACCGCCGGUGGAUUUUUUAUGGUGUCCCUGGAAACGUAUACUAAGGUGCUGAGUACAGCCGCGUCGUACUUCACACUCCUAAGACAGUAUUAA